AUGUCAAGGGCACUGGACGAAUCCACCAUUGCUGCCUUGGAGGCUGGCAACCCUCAAGCAGCCUAUGAUUCCAUAUCCUCAGUUCUGAUUUCACCACCACCUUCUGGUCGCCUUGAGAUUGAGAUCCUCGGCAAGGGGAUUCCGCUGCCGGAGGGGACAUAUGUGCUUCAAGACGGCAUUUCAGUAGGAGUAUCGAAGCUUGGGCUGGUUCAAGCGUUCCUGAUUGCCCGGAAUAUACUCCAAGAUCACAUCCUCGAUGGCAGCAGUUCCUCAUCAUCACCGCAGACCGAUGACGGCACUUUGUUCGCCGCGACGGCGGUCAUCCUUCUUAUGGAUCCGGAGUUCCUCACUGCUGCGAACACACGGAAGCGACUUAUCCAAAAGCAACUACUAGACGAUAACCAAAUGGCCUGGACCGUGCUGACGAAAGAGAAGGCGUUUCUGGACAGCCUGCUUACCAGUCGAUUGCACCGCCAUACCAAGUCGCCCACUCUCUGGAACCACCGCCGGUGGAUGGUCGGGCAUUACAGCUCGCGGGGCUUGAUGGUGGACGUUGUUGGAGAUAUCAAGAAUGUUGUAUCUGUGGCUGGAGAGCGACAUCCUCGCAAUUACUAUGCAUGGUGUCACGCUCGAUAUCUUGCUGGUAUUUUAGGGAGGGAGGACAGUGAUUACGAGAACCUCGUAAUGGUCAUUAAGCGUUGGUGUUGCGAACACCACAAUGACAUAUCUGGUUGGUCGUUUCUCUACUACCUGCUGGAUAACCUCGGCCGCUCUCGACAGAACACCCAUAUUAUCUCGUCGAGAUUUUCCGAGGUUCUCAACUAUGCCGCAUCUUGUCGUCUCACAAAUGAGUCUGUCUGGGUGUUCCUGAGGACGCUGGCCGCAUCCGGCCGCGUGGGCAAGAAGGAGCUUGAACAGUUCACUGCUCUAGGGGCGCAGUUCCCGGAGCCCCCUUUCGAGGGAUCAACAACCAACCAAAGUGUGUUGCGUUCGGCAAUGGACUGGUACGAGACUUACAGAAGAAACAGUUAG